AUGUACAGUGGUUUCUUAUUCUCAGAGUCCUCAAGUUCUCAGCCAUAUGUGACAACGUGGUGGAAGCAGUUGUUAGCAGGAGCUACAGCAGGAGCAGUGUCCCGUACCUCAACUGCCCCACUUGAUCGACUCAAAAUCUACAUUCAGACUACAACCACAAAAACCAUUGUUAGAGGUGGGCCACAUGUGAGUAUGCACCAGCACUUCUACAAUAUCAUACGAGAAGAAGGCUUAUUUGGUCUUUAUCGAGGAUUCACACCUAACUGCAUGAAAGUGGUCCCUGCUGUGAGCAUCAGCUUCGUUGUUUAUGAGGAAAUGAAAAAUAUCCUUGGCCUCACCUCAAAUUAA